AUGAGGCAGGCAAAGAUCGAUGCGCCUGGCAUGGUAGCAGCUAUCCGGCGCUUCUGGCAACGGUCGUAUGCGUCUGACUAUGUUGGAUUUGCCGUACUUUUGACGUUAUAUGUUUGUGCGCAACUCUUUCUCGAACCAGUCCAUCAGAUGUUCCGUCUCGACAACCCAGCCAAACAGUAUCCCUAUGCCCAGGUCGAGCGGGUGUCCUCCGGAGAAAACGUCCUGCUCGCUGGAGUUGCUCCAGCCGUUCUUCUCGUCAUAUGGGCCAUUGUUAUGCGACCAGGAAUCCAUCAUGCCCACGUUACGAUCCUUGGCUUUCUCAUCAGUCUCUUUCUGACCGCGCUGCUGACGGAUAUCAUCAAGAACGCCAUCGGCCGGCCACGUCCAGAUCUGAUUUCCCGCUGUAAGCCAGUGGCGGGAACACCGGAGCACGAGCUUGUCACCGUUGCGGUGUGCACCGAGACGAGACACCAUACUCUGCACGAUGGGUGGCGGAGUUUCCCAAGCGGCCACAGCAGCUGGGCAUUUGCAGGACUGGGAUACCUAGCUUUGUUCCUGGCAGGCAAACUGCAUGUCUUUCGACCGCAUGCAGAUCUGGCCAGAAUUUUGGUUUUCCUGGCGCCAUUGACCGGGGCUGCACUGGUCGCGAUGUCGCGAUUAGCCGAUUACAGACAUGACAUCUACGAUGUUACUUGUGGCAGUCUCUUGGGCAUGUCAGUGGCUUAUUUUACAUAUCGGCGAUACUUCCGUCCUCUGCGACAUCCCAAAUGUGACGAACCCUAUCCGAACAGGGCAGACUAUGCUAUGGCGAGAGCGGCGAGAGCAACCAGAGCUGGUCCCAGAGAUUUGGAACAACAAUUGGCCGACGAAUUUUCGUUGAGUGACCAGUCUGAGGAUGAGGCCCAGGCUUAUCUUUUGACAGAGUCCGCCCCUGCUCGGACAAGGGAGCAUGUUGAAGCAGCGGAGCCACCAUAG